AUGUUCGAAGAUAGUUCCUUCCACUUCACAGUUGGAGCAGCUCUCCUGAUGUUGCUGUUUGAUAUCAUCUGGAUGGGUGCAGCUGCAUUGCUCUUCGAUUUCCUCUCCAGUGACCAAGAUUUCACGUUAUUCAAACUACCUUUUGGAAGUAGUUAUCUUGGCACAUCUGGAACACGGUUGGAUGACGUAGAAGGCAAUAACGAGACUGAUGAGGGAUUACUGCAAACGCGAGCAGGCAUUUCUGUGAAUCGUCUGAUCAAGGUGUGGUCAUCCACUGGGGAAAGAGCUGUAGACGAAAUGUGCAUGGACGCAUAUGUUGGACAGGUUACUGUUUUACUUGGUCAUAAUGGAGCUGGGAAGAGCACUACAUUCUCAGUAAUCUCUGGAAUAACAGCACCGACGUCAGGUAAGCAACGAGCAGGUUUUAUCGUGUGUACUCAUAUUUUAUGUUCGUUCUGCACCUCGAAUUUGAGAAACAGCUAGUU